AUGCACACUGGGGAACGGCCCUACACGUGUGGGGAAUGUGGGAAGAGCUUCAGCCGUAGCUCCAAUCUCUGCACCCACCGUCGCAUCCACACUGGAGAACGGCCCUACAAGUGCUUUAAAUGUGGGAAGAGGUUUCAGACCAGCUCAAAUCUCCUCCUGCAUGAGCAGACACACACGGAUGAGAGGCCCUUCCGCUGCAUGGACUGCGGGAAGGGAUUCAAGCGGAACUCCAACCUCCUCACCCACGGGCGCAUCCACACUGGGGAGAAACCCUACAAGUGUGGAGAGUGUGGGAAGAGCUUUAGCCGAAGCUCUCAUCUGCUCCGGCACAAGCACAGCCACACUGGAGAACAGCCCGGGAAAGGGGUGGGAGAGGGGGGCUAG